GUUGUAACAGUCAUUGCAGCGACAAUGAUCCCUCAGCCACGGGUAGGAGAAACGGAGGCUGUGUGGCCAGCGAGGGUGCUGCACCUCCAGCCUUGACCCAGCAUCGAAGGUGCUGAUCUCUGCAGGAGUGGUGGUUGGGCAGCGGUCAUGUGGCGUUGCCUGGCGUGGGUGACAGUGACUGUAGUGGCGGCGGUGACGGUGGAGGACGUGAUGAAUGAUCCUCUUCUGGUGGUGUUAAACCCUCCUUACAACACCCUCACCCUUGACGCCCACACCCUGCACUUCCUACAUUCUAAAGGAGAAGCCAAGGUGAGAUGGGGCCUCACUCUGCCGGAAGGGGCGCAGGGCACGCCAUGUGGGGAAGGCGACUCCUGCCUCGAUUUCGGGGUGGCCAAGGUGGUGGUGACGACUGAGGACCACUGCCAGAAGGUGGCCUGGACCUCCGGCAGUGGUAGCGACGGUGGCCUGACCGCCCUGAAGGACUGCGUGCUGCUGGAAGGCCACUGGUUUGGUGGCGGGCAGCAGGUGGAGCAGCCGUGGCCCUUGGAGCAGCAGCCGCGGCAAGAGACGGCCUUCGUGACAGCUGACAUGCUGUCUCGGAGCAGCCUGUGGUACGGUGGCGUGUCCGAGGCUUACUGGGUGUCGUCACAGGGCGUAGCAAUCAGGGUGGAGGAGCAGACGCCAUUGUUCCUGAGUGUGCCUGACAACGACGGCGACUCCACGGCGGACGAGCUGUGCCUCGCUGCCCGCCACGAGGAGCCCUUCAUGGCCAGCCCGGGCAGCCACCUCACCCUCACCUACCACCUGUGCUCUGGGAACGACGUGAGGAAGGUGCAUGAGGCGACCUUCCCCAAGUUCUUCUCGCUGCCUGAGGCCGCGGUGGACUCCCGCAUGAUCCGGGAUCCCAUCUGGUCCACCUGGGCCGAGUACCACAAAGCCGUCAACGACAGCAGAGUCCUUGACUUUGCACGAGCUGCCUUUGAAAACGGGUUCAACAACAGCCAGGUGGAGAUCGACGAUAACUGGGAGACAUGUUAUGGCGAGGCUGUGUUCAACCCAGAGCGUUUCCCAGACCCCCGUGGCUUGGUGGACCAGCUCCACAGUGAAGGCUUCCGGGUCACGCUGUGGAUCCAUCCCUUCAUCAACCAGGACUGUCCCGCCUUCACCCUCGCGGACCAGCUGGGCUACUUCAUCAAGGACAGCUCGGGCGCCACUCAGCUGACUCACUGGUGGGACGGCAGGAAGGCAGGUCUACUGGACUUCACCAACGCAGAGGCCGUGGCGUGGUGGACUCAGCGCCUGAACGACUUGAAGCACCAGACCGGCGUGGACAGCUUCAAAUUUGACGCGGGCGAGACCACCUGGAUGCCUGGGAACUUCACGCUGCAGGCUGACGAGCGACUCUGGCCCAACCUGUACACCUUCAAGUACGUGGAGGCAGUGGCGGACUUCGGGGACAUGGUGGAAACCAGGGUUGGCCGAGGCUCCCAGCGCUUCCCGAUCUUCGUCAGGAUGCUUGACAAGUACUCCACCUGGGGUUACUACAAUGGCCUCAAGACGCUCGUGCCCUCACUGCUGCACUUUGGCCUCCUCGGGUACCCCUUCGUGCUGCCAGACAUGAUAGGGGGCAACGCGUACGGGCUGCGUCCCGGCAAGGAGCUGUUCGUCAGGUGGGCGCAAGCCAACGCCUUCAUGCCCGCCCUGCAGUUCUCCAUCCUGCCCUGGAACUACGACGAGGAGGUGACGGAGCUGUGCCGGGAGGUGACGCGCCUGCACACUCAGUACACGCCGCUGCUGCUCAGCCUGGCACAGGAGGCCACAACCUCCGUGGCCCCAAUGAUGCGCCCCACCUGGUGGCUGUGCCCCACCGUGGAGGAGUGUCUCACCGCAGACCAGCAAUUCCUGGUUGGUGAUGACCUGCUGGUGGUGCCCGUGGUGACAGCCGGCGCCGCUACCGUGGACGUGGUGGUGCCCCCCGGUGAGUGGCAGCAGGUGGGCACGGGGCUGGCUGCUGCAGGCCCCGCCACGCUUACCGUGACAAACAUCACCCUGGACAGCGUGGUGUACUUCACCAGGAAGGCAGCGCACCACACUGGGCUCGGAGGUGAGGCAGUGGCAGCAGGAGUAGCAGUGCAGUAGUGGACACCAAGAAGGCAGCGCACCACACUGGGCUCGGAGGUGAGGCAGUGGCAGUAGGAGUAGCAGUGCAGUAGUGGGUAGAGGGAGAAAGUGAGAGCGUGGUGAUGCAUGGCGUGGUACAGCUCUUAAGCUGUACAACAGUACCCUGGUGACACGCUGAGGGGGAAGCUGUCGAUCCUGGCAGUGCACAGCGGCUCUUGGGAAUGCGUGGUUACUGUGUGUAUGCUGUAAGCUCAACACAUGUUUCCCUGCACUGUUGUGUUUACCGCUCGAUAUAAUUUGUUGUAGUAUUGGAUGGUGUUAAUUCUUUUAUCUAUUUAUUCUUUUCAUAAAUUCGAUUAUUUUCGUUCUUUAUCUUUCUCUUUUCUCUUUUUCUUUUCUUUUGUUUGUUUAUUUCUUGUCGUAUUCGAAUUAAGCGAAGAAAUGUGCGCAACAACUUUGUAGCAGAGUGUUCACCAGCGUGUGGAGGGAAGCCAACCCGCGCCGUGUCAGGAUACACGCCUUUCCCUCUGUGGCGCACAUCUCAAACCUCCAACAGCAGUGAUGAGGAAAUAAAGUGUCCGCGAUGCACUUCUUUUCAUGUCACGUGUUUGUUUGUUUUGUUAAGAGUGAAGGGUCGUUGUAAAUAAAGUGACACAAAACAA